CCCGGUACCUUGGGACCGCGGGCAGGGCGGUGUCGGGGCCCGCUGUGGAAGCGGCGAGGCGCGGUGAGGGCUCAUAGCCGGCCCGGGGGGCAGCGCCGGGGGCGAGGCGCUCUCGGGACAGCCACCGUUUGUGUUCCGGUCGGUAGCGAAGAUGUCGGCGCCAACGAUGGAGGAGAGGAAGGCCUGCUGGGGGGCCCGGGACGAGUUCUGGCAGUGUUUGGAUAGGCAUGCGGACGAUGCCUCCAAGUGCGAGAAGCUGCGGCUGUGCUUCGAGUCCCGGUGUCCGCAGCAGUGGGUUAAAUAUUUUGACAAAAGAAGAGACUUUUUAAAAUAUAAAAAAAAGCUUGAAACAGAAGGGUAUCAUCCUUCAGAAGCUGCUGGAAAGUCUUAGGUACUCUGCUUUCAAAAUAAAUCUAGUGAGAAUAGCUAUGGAAGGAAGAAGCAUGAGAAAGCAACAGAAGCUGCUUGAGCUCAAGAACUGGUAACCCGUCUCCCCGAAAUGCAGGCUGCUGUUCUUCUCGCAAGGUCUCAUGUGUCUGCUGAAAAAAGAUGGUCAUGGACAGCUUUUUCAUGAGUAUAAGUCAAAGAAACAUGGUGCAGGGCUGUUCACAAAUCUAAGGUUUUGAAUGUAUAAUUAGUCAAAUUGUUUCACAGGAAUAAAUGAUUAUUUAAUAGUGUAAUGUACAUAUUCUAAAGAGAACAAUAAAAUUGUUUUUCAGUAAGUGAA